AUGGGUGUAACAGAAUUAGAUCGAAUAAUUCCAUCUUUUAAAUCUAAAUUUUGUCAAGUAAAUCAUACUGUCUCAGUCAAAUUGUUUAACAGGUUAAAACUAAAGAAAUAUGCAACAGUUAAAAAGACAAUUCAAGUUAUAAAAUCAUUAUUAUCCAAAGAAGUAUCUAUAGGAUCAUUAACUCCUCAAAUUCCCAGUAUAAAAAUGAAAGGAAGUCGAGAAAGAUUGAUAGCGUGGUUAUUUAAAGUACCUGAAUGGGCUUGUCUAGGAGAUACGGUCGUCUUUAAAGGAAUUUUUAAUCCUUUGAGAACGAAUCUAGAGAUAAGUAAAAUCAGAAUAGAUAUAAUACAAGAAGAAGUCUAUUUCUAUGAUGCUUCAUGUGUUAAAUCCAAGAAGAGACUUUUAAGCUCAAGCAGUACUUCAUUCUAUUCCAAAAUACCAUUCAAUUCAGAAAUACUUUUUUCAAUUUCUCUAAAAAACUGUUAUACUUCAGAAUUAGGGAGUACAGAUAUCAAUGAUUUAAAUUGGUCUUUUGAGUCGCCUUUUUUAAAGAUACGCCAUUUUAUUCGAAUCCUAUUUUAUGUCAAUGAUGCAAUCACUAUUUGUAUUGGACUUCCUAUUCACUUGACAGCCUUAUCAUGUAUGCAAACACAAAAUUGUAUCGAAUCACUGCCUACAUACGAAAGUGUACUUGAAGAUGAUAGUUUGCCUAUAUACAACCCACAUCAUGUCAACCAUAAGAAUGUAUAUUUUGAUCAACAAGUCCAGAAUAAUUCAGAUACAGCAUUAAAUCAAAAUCAUUGUACACUACUCAUAGAUCAACUAACUAAAGAAGAUUCUAUGGUUAUUAAGGAGCGUACUGUCGAUAGUUUUUCUUUUAUUGAAUAA